AAGCGGGGUAUAAAAACCUGAGGAGCAGCGGAAAAGGGCAUCAGUCUCACCAUGGAUCGUCCUUUGAAGUCUCCGGGAAGGAAGAGAGAGGAUCAGCGCUGUCCGCCGCAGACUCGCCCCGCUCGGGCUGCUGCUGCUGGCUGUGUCGGCGGGACCCCUGGAUUAGCAUCGGCGCGGAGCAGAGCUAAUAACGUCCCCGCCGACCUCUACCCGGACUUCUCCUACCAACAGACCCUCAGAGCCCCCAACGAGAAGGAGGUCCUGCAGGGCCUGAACGGCCGCUUCGCCGUGUUCAUCGACAGAGUUCGCCAGCUGGAGAACCAGAACCGAGCCCUAGAGCAGGAGAUCGAGGACCUCCGCCUCAGAGCCAAGACCUCCGAGGCUCUGUCCCGAGAGUACGAGCCCGAGAUGACGGAGCUGCGGGCGCAGGUGCACGACAUCACCGUGCAGAAGCACCAGGUGGAGCUGAGUCUGGAGAGUCUGCAGGACGAGUUCAACACACUCCGGCACAAGUGCGAGCAGGAGGCGCGAGAGCGCACCGGAGCCGAGGAGAGCGUGUGCGCGCUCAAGAAGUUCAUCGAUGAGGCGUUCCUGGCCAAGCAGGAGAUGGAGAAUAAAGCCGAAGCGCUGGCAGACGAGAUCAGCUUCCUCAAGAAGAACCACGAGGCCGAGGUGGCCGAGAUCAACGCUCAGAUCCAGGAGAACCAAACCAGCAGGCGCGAGACGAGCGCCUUCGGCCGGGCGGACAUCACCGCCGCGCUCCGGGACAUCAGGCUCCAGCUCGAAGGUCGUUCCGCACUCUGUGACAUCCAGCCCGCCGACCAGCGCUUCCGAUCACACGUGGCCCAGCUGACCCGAGCCGCCGAGGUCAACAGGGAGACCCUCAUGACCACCAAAGCCGAGAUCAACGACUACAGGAGGCAGCUGCAGUCCAAAAACGUGGAGCUCGACUCCGCGAUGGGAACCAGAGAAGCCAUGGAGAGGCAGCUCUUCGACCUGGAGCAGAGGCACAAAGCUGAAAUCCACCAAUACAAGGACACCAUCAGAGAGUUGGAACACGAGCUGAAAAACACCCGAUAUGACAUGAGCAGCCAUAUGCAGGACUACCAGGAUCUGCUCAAUGUGAAAAUGGCCUUAGAUGCUGAAAUCUAUUCUUACAGAAAACUGUUGGAAGGUGAAGAGUCCAGAUACUCUACUCUCUCAGAUGCACACAUUUCAGUACCUUAUGUAUACAGACAGUCGCCCAUCUAUACGCUCCCUUCUGUCACACCUCGAAAAGUUGAGCCUCAGUACAAGUUUGUAGAGGAGAUCAUUACAGAGACCACAAGAGAGGACAUUGAGAUGUCGGAUACAAUUUCUGAGCAUGGCAGUGUGGAAGGAGAGGAUGAUGAACUAGAUAAAGUGUGCAGUGAAGAAGAGGAAGCAGACAAAGUUGAACCAAGUGUUGUUCACACAGAAACAGAAGACACUCAAGAAUCAGCCACAGUGGGUGACAGAGGCAGCCCUAAACCAGAAGAAGACGAAUCACCUGUAGAGGCUCCUCGUGAAGCUGACAUGGACACAGAACCAACAGAAGGCCCUGCCCCAGAACCUACUGAAGAGGAAGCUGAGGAUGAAGAGGACUCCAGAUUUGCUGACACAGAGUCCAAAGCUCAGGAGACUGAUACAGAACAAAAACCAGACAAACCAGAGUCAGAUGUAGCCAGUGAUGAAACAAUGUCUCUUGUUACUGAAGAGGAAAAACAGGAAACAGCAUCAGAGUUAGAGGAAAAUCAUCGUCCUGAGUCACUCCCACUUAAAGAUCCUGAAGGGAAAGAGGAGGCCACAGAGGAAUUCUGUGUAGAAAUAAAAGUAGCAGAACAGACAAAACUGGCAGCUGAGGCUGAAGUUUCCACUGAUGCUAAAAUAACUGAGAAAGAUAUGGAAAACAGUGAGGUAAAAUCUUUGAAAAUACACCUGCUCACUACUAAACCACAGCCAUCACCUGAAAAGGAGACAGAGGAGACAAAGCUUGAAGCCGAGACUAAAGAUGUUGCUGCUGCAAAAACACCUGAGAAAGAUGUGGAAACCAGUGAGGUAAAAUCUGUGGAAAUGGACAUGCCCGCUACAGAUCUUCAACCAUCACCUGAAAAGGAGACAGAAGAGACAAAAUUUGAAGCAAAGACUGAAGAUGUUGCUGCUGCAAAAUCACCAGAGAAAGAUGUCAAAACCAUUGAAAUAAAAUCUUCGGAAGUGGACAUGCCCACUGCUGAUCCUCAGCCAUCACAUGAAAAGGAGACAGAAAAGACAAAGCUUGAAGCAAGGACUGAAGAUGUUGCUGCUGCAAAAACACCAGAGAAAGAGGUGGAAACUACUGAACCACAGCCAUCACCUGAAAAGAAGACAGAAAAGACAAAGCUUGAAGCAAAGUCUGAAGAUGUUGCUGCUGCAAAAACACCAGAGAAAGAGGUGGAAACUACUGAACCAAAGCCAUCACCUGAAAAGGAGACAAAAGAGACAAAGCUUGAAGCCAAGCCUGAAGAUGUUGUUGCUGCAAAAACACCAGAGAAAGAUGUGGAAACCAUUGAUGUGAAAUCUGUGAAAGUGGACAUGCCCACUAGUGAACCUGAACCAUCAUCUGAAAAGAAGACAGAAGAGAUGAAACUUGAAGCAGAGUCUGAAGAUGUUGCUGUAGCCAAAACACCAGAGAAAGCUGUGGAAACUACGGAACCACAGCCGUCACCCGAAAAAGAAACAAAGAAGACAAAACUUGAAGCCAAGACUGAAGAUGUUGCUGCUGCAAAAACACCAGAGGAAGAUGUGGAAAGUACUGAACCACAGCCAUCACCCAAAAAGGAGACAGAAGAGACAAGAGCUGAGCCUGAGGUUUCUACUGCCAAAACACCUGAGAAAGAUGUGGAAACCAUUGAGGUUAAAUCUGAGGAAAUGGACAUGCCUGCUGCUGAACCUCAACCAUCACCUGACACGAUGACAGACGAGACAAAGCUUGAAGCCGAGUCUGAAGAUGUUGCUGCUGCCAAAACACCAGAGAAAGAUGUGAAAACUACUGAACCACAACCAAAGGAGACCGAAGAGACAAGACUUGCAGCUGAGCCUGAGGAUUCUACUGCUGUAAAAACACCUGAGAAAGAUGUGGAAACCAGUGCGAUGAAAUCUGUGGAGGUAGAUAUGCCCACUACUGAACCACAGCCAUCACCUGAACAGGAGACAGAAGAGACAAAGCUUGAAGCCAAGACUGAAGAUAUUGCUGCUGCAAAAACACCAGAGAUAGAUAUGGAAACUACUGAACCACAGCCAUCACCUGAAAAGGAGACAGACGAGACAAAACAUGAAGCCAAACCUGAAGAUGUCGCUGCACAAACACCAGAGAAAGCUGUGGAAACUACUGAACCACAGCCAUCACCUGAAAAAGAAACAGAAAAGACAAAGCUUGAAGCCAAGAUCGAAGAUGUUGCUGCUGCAAAAACAUCAGAGAAAGAUGUGAAAACUACUGAACCACAACCAUCACCUGAAAAGGAGACAGAAGAGACAAAGCUUAAAGCCAAGCCUGAAGAAGUUGUUGCUGCAAAAACACCAGAAAAAGAUGUGGAAACCAUUGUUGUGAAAUCUAUGAAAAUUGACUUGCCCACUGCUGCACCCCAGCCAUCACCUGAAAAGAAAACAGAAGAGGCAAAGCUUGAAGCCAAGCCUGAAGAUGUGUCUGCUGCAAAAACACCAGAGAAAGACGUGGAAACCAGUGAGGUUAAAUCUGUUGAAAUGGCCGUGCCUACUGCUAAACCCCAGCCAUCACCUGAAAAGCUUGAAGCCAGGUCUGAAGAUGUUGCUGCUGCCAAAACACCAGAGGAAGAUGCAGAAACUACUGAACCACAGCCAUCACCUGAAAAGGAGACAGACGAGACAAAACAUGAAGCCGAGCCUAAAGAUGUCGCUGCAAAAACACCAGAGAAAGCUGUGGAAACUACUGAACCACAGCCAUCACCUGCAAAAGAAACAGAAAAGACAAAGCUUGAAGCCAAGAUCGAAGAUGUUGCUGCUGCAAAAACACCAGAGAAAGAUGUGAAAACUACUGAACCACAACCAUCGCCUGAAAAGGAGACAGAAGAGACAAAGCUUAAAGCCAAGCCUGAAGAAGUUGUUGCUGCAAAAACACCAGAGAAAGACGUGGAAACCAGUGAGGUUAAAUCUGUUGAAAUGGCCAUGCCCACUGCUAAACCCCAGCCAUCACCUGAAAAGCUUGAAGCCAAAUCUGAGGAUGUUGCUGCUGCCAAAACACCAGAGGAAGAUGCGGAAACUACUGAACCACAGCCAUCACCUGAAUUGACAAAGCUUGAAGCCAAGGCUGAAGAUGUUGCUGCUGCCAAAACACCAGAGAAAGAUGUGGAAACAAUUGAGGUAAAAUCUGUGGAAAUGGACAUGCCUGCUGCUGAACCACACCCAUCACCUAAAAAGGAGACAGAAGAGACAAGACUUGCAGCUGAGCCUGAGGACUCUGCUACUGUAAAAACACCUGAGAAAGAUGUGGAAAUCAAGAAAGUAAAAUCUGUAGAAAUGGACAUGCCCACUACUGAUCCUCAGCCAUCACCUGAAAAGAAGACAGAAGAGACAAAGCUUGAAGCCGAGUCUGAGGACUCUGCUGCUGCAAAAACACCAGAUAAAGAUGUGAAAACCAUUGAGGUGAAAUCUGUGGAAGUGGACAUGCCCACUAGUGAACCAAAACCAUUACCUAAAAAGGAGACUAAAGAGACAAAGCUUGAAGCCAAGGCUGAAGAUGUUGCUGCUGCCAAAACACCUGAGAAAGAUGUGGAAACCAUUGAGGUGAAAGCUGUGGAAAUGGACAUGCCUGCUGCUGAACCCCAACCAUCACCUGACACUACGACAGAAGAGACAAAGCUUGAAGCCGAGUCUGGGGAUGUUGCUGCUGCUAAAACACCAGAGAAAGAUGUGAAAACUACUGAACCACAGCCAUUGCCUGAAAAGGAGACAGAAGAGACAAAGCUUGAAGCUGAGCCUGAGGAUUCUACUGCUGUAAAAACACCUGAGGAAGAUGUGGAAACCAGUGAGGUGAAAUCUGUGGAGGUACAUAUGUCCACUACUGAACCACAGUCAUCACCUAAAAAGGAGACAGAAGAGACAACGCUUGAAGCCGAGCCUGCUGCCAAAAUACCAGAGAAAGACACUGAACCCACUGAGGUAAAAUCUGUGGCCAUGCCCACAACUGAACAACAACCUGCUCCUGAAAAGGAGGCAGAAGAAACAAAGCUUAAAGCUGAAGAUGUUGCUGCUUCCAAAACACCAGAGAAAGAUGUGAUAACUACUGAACUACAACCAUCACCCAAAAAGGAGACAGUAGAGCCAAAACUUGAAGCUGAGCCUGAAGAUUCUGCUGCUGCCAAAACACCAGAGAAAGAAGUAGAAACUGUUGGACCACAGCCAUCACCUGAAAAAGAGACAGAUGAGACAAAGCUUGAAGCCAAGACUGAAGAUGUUGCUGCUGCAAAAACACCAGAGGAAGAUGUGAAAACUACUGAACCACAACCAUCACCCAAAAAGGAGACAGUAGAGCCAAAACUUGAAACUAAGCCUGACGAUUCUGCUGCCAGUGAUGCAAAAUCUGUUGAUGUGGAUAUGACCAUUGCUAAACCACAGCCAGCACCUGAAAAAGAGACCAAAGAGACCCAACUUGCAGCUGAAUCUCAAAAAGAGAUAAAAGAGGCUAAACUUUCAGCCGAGCCUGAGGAUUCUGCUGCUGCAAAACCUCCAGAGAAAGAUAUGGAAACCAGUGAGGUAAAAUCUGUGGAGCUAGACAUGUUCCCUAAGGAAACACUACCAUCAUCUGAAAAGAAAACAGAAGAGACGAAAGAGGAACCUGAGCCUCAGGAUUCCGCUGAUACAAAAACACCUGAAAAAGAUGUGGAAACCAGUGAAGUGAAACCCAAGGAAGUGGACAUGCCUACUACUGAACCAUCAACUGCAAAGGAGACAAGAGAGACAAAGCUUGAAUCCCAGUCUCAGGAUUUAACUGCUUCAAAAACACCGGAGAAAGACUCUGCUGCAACAAAAACACCCGAAAAAGAUGCGGAAACCAUUGCUGUAAAAUCUGUGGAAAUGGACAUGCCCACUAGUGAAACUCAGGCAGUCAAGUCUUCUGAAAAACCACUAGACGCCAUACAGAAAGAUGAACCUGCAGAAAAGAAAACAAAAUCUGAAGACAAAACAGAAAAAAAAGAAACCAAAAAGAGUGAACUUGAGACCUCGGAUGACACAAAAGACGAUGCAACUAAGCUUAAUGGUCACGAAACAGACAGAACUUCAAAAGACAUUCAACCUGAACAAACUCUUUUAAAGGAUGAGAUUCCAAAAGUGGACAGCACAAAGAGUCCUGAAAAAGAUGCCUUACCACAAGAUGAUUCCACAAAACCUGAUCAAAGCACAGAGUCUGUUCCAAAAAUACCAUCAAAGAAAGAACAAGACAAAGAACAGAAAGCCGCCAUCACUGACAUCACCAAAGAUGCAGAGCAAAAAAAGGAAAAAGAACUGCCAAAAGUAGCUGAGAAUGGAGUAUCUAUAUAAGAGAUUUAAAGACUUGACUGACUAAAGACUGAACUGAAAAAACAAAUGAAAUACAAAUAAAAUAUAAAACAGAAUGUGAUAUAAGUGCUUAGAAAACUGCAUGAUGAGAUUUCAGCUGAACAAGAAACACACUGCAAUGACAUCUUCACCUGAUAUCUUAAACUGAUAUCUUAAACUGAUAUCUUAAAUUGAUAUCUUAAAUGGUGCUUAAGAGCUUUGACUAUUGCUGCUUUUGUUGUAUGCAUGCAAUUGUUUAAUGAAUGUAAAAUAAGCAAUAGGACAUAGAAUGUAUAUGACCAAAUGAAAUAUUUUGCAAUACCGCUAGCACUGUUUAAAUAUG